UCUGCAGCCCCUCCUAGCCUGUUGUUGCCUGCAGCAGCAGCCAAGCUAGUUGCAAGACGACCUCCCAGACUGCACGCUGCUGCGGCAGAGCAACUUGUCUUCGCCAAAAGUAUCCCUGCUAGA